AGUAUCAUAUAAUGGAUAGUUUCCUCUUUACAUCGGAGACAGUCGCAUCACAUAUAUACAUCUAUGGAGUCAGUAUAGAACAUGUUUUCUCGACCAGAUUCUUGGGUCAUAUAUGAUUAGGUUCUGAUGAAUAAUAGAUGUUGAGCUGAUCAUCUGUUUGAUUUUGCUUGCAAUAUUUUCGAUUCAUUUGGCUCCGCAAGUUCGUCCGACUUCAUGUCAGUCAUGUCAACAAUUUUGUGAAUUUGGGUGGUCCGACUUCAUGUCAGUCAUUCGGCUUGUUUUGAUUUCAAGGUCUCCAUUGCUAAUAUAUCAGGAAGUUCUAUGUGGAGAUUAUGUCUACUUGGCACCCAAUAAAAAUACAACUACCAUAAUAAUCCUGAUAAAGUUAUUUAACAUGAUCUGUUGCUAUGUUUCCUAUCAAACCUAGGCUCUGAUGACUUAUAGAAGUGGUGCAUGCAGUUCAUAGAUUUGACUUUGAUUGCGAGAUUUCAAUAGUCAAGGAAGGAGAUGCUGGAAGUGUAGGUGAACCACAACGAAAACAUAGACCGUCUUUUUUGUCAACAAUAGAAGGAAGGGGGACUAGCUUCAGUGUUGAGAAAGUAACAUGCGGAUCAACAUGCAUAUGGAGGUUAUGGAGCUCUCUUUUUGAGACGCCCUCUUUGACCAGCGAGUUAGAAGGCUGUGCAAGUUGGUCCGACUUGAUAUCAGACAUGUCAACAAUUUUGUGAAUCGAAUGGUCAAAUCAGAUGGCUUAUUUUGAUUUCAGAUGACUUAUAGAAGCGGUGCAUGCAGAUCAUAGAUUUGACUUCGGUUGCAAGAUCGUAAAAGUCAAUGUGGAAGUGGAGUUACUAAAAAUGUUUUGAUUUUGUCUCAAACUUUACAUGUGAUGCUCGAAGUAGAUGUAUUGAAAAUGCACGGAAACCUUGUCAAAUUUUAUGCCCAAUGCACUGUUAAUUACAGCAAAUUAAGACUUAGAGAAGGCUUUUUUGUCAGGGUAGAAGCUAAUCACAAAUCAGUAAUAACCUAAUGCUCUUUCAUGAAAACAUUUGAAAAACUUAUGUCUAGCCAUUGUAAUUGUGCAGAUGCCAAAGCUUCUCUAAAUUGCUUUUGUUGAACAAUACUACGUAUAUCAGAUCGAAGAAUUGUUUUUUUUCAUGAUUGGUGUGUUGCUUAUCCUGUUCUUGACUUGCUUUCAUUCAUGGAAAAAAUUUUGUGAAUUUGGGUGGUUGUAUAAGAUGGCUUUGUUUGAUGUGAAGACACCCAUUGCUUAUAUUUCAGGAAUUCCCGCACUUAUUAUUGUGUUAGUAGAAAUGGAUUUGACAAAAACUUUGCACAAUAUCUGAUGUGUUUGCUUCUUCUUGACCAUUUCUUAUAAUCUAUGACCAUGACCAUUGUAAUCGUGAUAGAAUUUUGUAGUCCCGAUCAGUUUCUAAUUUUCUUAUCAAUCCUCCGCCUUGAUGACUUGUAGAAGUGGUGCAGAUCAUAUAUUAGACUACCAUUGUGAGAUUGUGUAGUCAAGCAAAGACAUAGAGAUGAUUUUUUUUUGUCAGCAUCGUAAGCAAGGGCCAAGGGGGAUUAGCUUCACUGUUGAGAAUGAUACUCCGGAACAACAGGCAUAUGGAGGUUAUGAGCUUUCUUUCCAAGACUUACCCUCUGACCAACAAGGUAGAAGGUAAUCAUGAGUUAGUUUUCUCACUCCAUAAAAAAAGAACAGUAGUAAGAUUGUGUGGGUUUGUCUAGAUGCCAAAGCUUCUCUAAAUGGAUUUUGUUGAACAAAAUAUCGGUAGAUGUAGGCUCAGAAACGUGAUUUGAUGUCAAGUACGAGGUUCUCGGAAACUACGAAGUCUCGGUCUCAUCUGGACUUUAUAUUUCUUGCUGAUGAAUAUUGAUCCGGUCGAUCUAUUUUUCUGCCUUCGUUUAUUGGUGCACGUGAGUCCUUACUGCACUUUUUCAUUUCAACAUAUUUAAAAUCCAGUUGAUAAUUGUCCAGUUCUGAAAACCGGUUCCAACUAAUUUGUUGUGACAAAUUACGCUGAAGAAUUGUUUUCUUCAUUAUUUACUGCGUGUGUUCACAUCAUUCACUUGUUCAAAGAUUUCAUUGGUUAUAAUGGAGGGAGUAUGAUAUAAUGGAUAGUUUCAUCUUUACAUUGGAGACAGCUAUAUCAUAUAUGAACAUCUAUGGUUACUUUCAUCUUGUCUGACUCAUAAUCUAUAAAUCCCAUAACGAUUAGUAUAGGACAUGUUUUCUCGACGAGAUUCUUGGAUCAUAUGUGAUUAGGUCUUGAUGAGUAAUAAAUGCAGAACUGAUCAUUUGUUUGAUUUUGCUUGUAAUAUUUUGGAUUUAUCUGGCUGUUCAAGUUGUUUCAACUUUAUGUCAGUCAUGUCAACAAUUUUGUGAAGUUGGGUGGUAGAAUGAGAUGGUUUGAUUUGAUUUCAAGGUUCCAUUACCAAUAUAUCAGGAAAUUCUGUGCAGAGAUCAUGUCUACAUGACCACCCCUUAUAAAUACCGCAACUGUCAUAAUCCUGAUAAAAUCAUUUAACAUGGGUUGUUGAUAAGUUCCUUACCAAACCUCGGCGAUGUUGGCUUGUAGAAGUGGUGCAGGUCAUAGAUUUUACUUUGAUUGUGAGACUUCAGUAGUCAAGGGAGGAGAUGCUGGAAGUGUAGGCAGUGGAAAUGCUCUGAUUAUGAGUCACCAACAUUUGAUGUGAUGCUGAAAAUAGAUUUAUUGAAAACGCUUUUGUCAACUUUUAUGCCCAAAGAACAGGUGAACUGCAGCAAAAACAUAGACCGUCUUUUUUGUCAGCAAUAUAAGCUAGGGGGAUUAAGCUUCACUGUUGAGAAAGUAACAUGAAGAUCAACGUGCAUAUGGAGGUUAUGGAGGCAGAAGCAAAUCAUGAACUACUGGUCUCUCUGUGUUAACGGAAUAGUAGUUAUCGAAUGCUCUUUUGUUUGAAAAUCCGACCACAUCUCGCUGUUGUAAUUGUCCAGAUGCUAAUGCUUCUCUAAAUGGCUUUUGUUAAAAAAUAUAUCAGACCGAAGAUUUUGGUUUCCUGGAAUGAAAUUUUGUUGGAACAGUGGAGCCUGUAGCUCUAGAUUUGUUGAUGUAAGUUCAAACCGGGUUCUGAGGAGUAAUAGAACAUUUGUUUGACUUUGCUUGCAAUACUUUGGAUUGAUCUUGCUGAGCAACCUCUGCCUGAUGUGUUAUUUAUCCUGUUAUUCGAUUUGAUGUCAGUCAUGUCAACAAUUUUGUGAACUUGGGUGAUCGAAUAGAUGGCUUGGUUUGAUAUCAAGGUGUCCAUUGCUUAUAACAUGAAGUUCUGCGCUGUGUUUAUAUUGUGAGAGGAAAUGGAUUUGACAAGAAGUAUGUACAAUUCUUGGUGAGUUAGCUUCUACUUGACCACCUCUUGUAGUCUAUAAAUACCACGACCUUCAAUAACCUGAAGACAUAGAGACAGCUUUAUUGUCAGUAACUGAAGCAAGGGGGUUGAGCUUCACUUUCGAGGUAGAAGGGAAUCACAAAUUAGUGUUAUCACUCUGUACGCAUGGAUAGUAGUAAUCUAAUGCUCUUCAUGAGAACAUUUGAAAAUCCCAUCAUGUCUUGCCAUUGUAAUUGUCCAGAUGCCAAAGCUUCGUUAAAUGGAUUUUGUUGAACAAUACACAUAUAUCACUAACAAAGGGCUUGAGGUUUGGAAUAAUAAUUUUUACUAGAUUUUGAAUAGAAGUUAUUGGCUAUGUUGGCUUAUGUGGUUCAGAUUUCAGAGUUUUUUUUCAUGACAGAGUUAUUGAAUUCAUCCUUAAAUGCUCUCUGCUUGGACAUAUUAGGGUUUUGUGAUCAAGACGAUUUACAUGUUGCCAAAGUGGGUUUUCAGUUUGAGCUUUCUAAAAGAUUAAAGUAUAACAACAAUGUUGUGUUCUGUGAACCUUCUAAGCUUGUAGCUCACAAGGGAUGGGUUGUUCAGUCAGGAGAAUGCAACAUGAACGGCUUUGGAGUUUGGAUCAAAUUCAGGACAAUCUGAACGCAGAAUCCUGACUAUAAAAAACAGAGACGUAUAUAAGGAAUAUGGAGUUGACGUGAUGGUCAAAUGAUAUGGAUUGGUUUGAUUUCAAGGCGUCCAUUGCUUAUAUAUCAGACUGAACGCCGAAUCCUGACUAUAAAUACAGAGCCGUAUAUAUGGAAUAUGGAGGGCUUUAAUUGAGAAGUGGAGGUGAAAUUAUCUUGGAAACAGCCUCCCUACUUCCGAGUAGGGGCAAGUUCAGAGUUCAGACGAAUGAUUUGGCUCUAGGCUGCUUUUCACUCCAACUAGUUGAAAAUUCAGGUGAUAAGCCGGGCGAAUAUUCAUGUGCCUCAUAUUCUUUCUUUUCAAAAUUUUCAGGUAUAUUUUUCUGCCAUUGUCUGUUGGUGCAGCUCAGUCCUUACUGCAAGGUUUUUCAUUCCAAUAGGGUUAAGAUCCAUUUGAUAAUUGGCAAGUUCUGAAACACUGGAACCAUUUUUCACAUCGCCACAACUAUUCACAUCUGUAAAUCAGUCUUUGUUCUUC